AUGGAAUCCUUCAGCAUCCACAGCAUCCAAUCCAACCUCCUCCCCAUGCCCCAUCACCAAGCUCUGGAGCGUCUCUACUAUGCCUCGAGAAAGCCAAAGCUGUCCGCCCCGAGGCUCUGGCGCCACCCAAGCAGCUACGCCGUGCAGGCCCUCCGCAGCCCCUGGCACCGAACCCUCCUGCGCCUCCAGAGCGCCGUCUUCCACACCUCGAUCGAAUUCUUCCCCCACACCAUGGGAUACGAGUACCUCGUCGUACCCGUCACGACCGGCAGCGUCAGCUCGCCCAUGGGGCUGGGCUCGGACUCCCAGCCCGUCACCAUCUGGCUAGACGACCAAGCUACAUACCUGGCCGACUCGCAGCAGUUCCUGCUCGAGUACGCGCUGCGGCUGCAGGACCGACCCCACGGCGUCUACUACGCCGGCACCUCGUGCCGCGGCGAGGACCCGGACGCGACGCACCUCAACCAAUUCUUCCAUGUGGAGUGCGAGCUCGUCGGCGACCUGGCGCAGGCGCUGCUCGCCUCGCACGGGGCCGAGAUCGCGCGCUGCGCCGGCACCACAGCGCACCUGCAGCAGCUCCUCCGCCUCUUUCGGACCAACAACCACUCCUUCCCGCGGAUCACCCUGGCGGAGGCGAUGGCGCUGCCCGAGCUGACCGACGGGAUGUGGAGCUUCGUCGUGCCCGGCGAUCCCGCGUUCGGACGGGCCCUCACGCGCAAGGGCGAGCAGAUACUCAUCGCCCGGUUCGGGGGCGCCUGCUGGCUCACGGAGAUGGAUCACCCGAGCGUGCCGUUCUACCAGGCUUAUGUCCCCGACAUUGUCCCGCCGGGCGGGGUGGCCAAGGCCCAGUGUGCGGACUUCCUCCUGGGGAUGGGCGAGGUGCUCGGGUGCGGGAACCGGCAUGUCACGGUGAAUCAGGCGCUGCGGGCGCUGGGCAACCACGGGGUUGCGGCAGGAGACUACCAGUGGUAUCUGGAUAUGCGUCGGGAGAUGGAGGUGAAUACCACGGGGUGGGGGAUCGGGACGGAGCGGUUUCUGUGUUGGGUGUUGGGGCAUGGCGACGUGCGUGAUGUGCAGAUGUUUCUGAGGUUGAAGGGGAUGGAUAGCAUGCCUUAG